AUGGCUUUCAACAACAAAUCCAAGAAGUAUAAUUCACCUAAUUCUCAAUUCAAUCUCUGCAUCACCCUUUUCUUCAUUUCCCUCUUCACUAUACCAACUUUUUUCCUUCUCAACAACACCACCGCAAACUCCAAAUGCACCAACCUUGCCCAAACUUUUUCAGGUGAUCUUCUUUCAGCUGAGUUUGCAUGGAACAGCCUUUUGUUUUCACAACGCAAUAACCCUUCACCUAUAGUUCUCAAAAUUGCAGUAUUUUCUAGAAAAUGGCCUAUUGGAACCGUUCCUGGUGGCAUGGAACGCCAUGCUCACACCCUUCACACCACUUUAGCUCGCCGCGGACAUCAAGUUCAUGUCUUUACUUCACCCUCAGAAGAAGAUGAGUCAACAACAACAACUUCAAUCUCAUCAAAAAGUGCACCUUCUUCGCCUUACAUUCAUUUUCAUGAAGGUGACCCAGGUAAGUGGCGUUACAACAAAGCAUGGGAACUUUUUCUUGAAGAAAACCAAAGAGAUCAACCUUUUGAUGUUGUUCAUUCAGAAAGUGUAGCACUUCCUCAUUGGCUUGCAAAGGAACUUCCGAAUCUUGUUGUAUCAUGGCAUGGCAUAGCAUUGGAAAGCUUGCAAUCGAGCAUUUUUCAGGAUUUGGCUCGUCUGCCGAACGAACCUAGAUCACAAGACUUCGAAAAAGGGUUACAAGGGGUUGUCCCUAAGGUUCUCAAUGAGAUAAGAUUCUUCAACAAAUAUUCUCAUCAUGUUGCUAUUAGUGAUAGCUGUGGUGAGAUGUUAAGAGAUGUUUACCAAAUUCCAAGUAGAAGAGUUCAUGUGAUUCUCAAUGGUGUUGAUGAAGAAGAUUUUAGAGAAGAUGCUGAAUUAGGAAAUGAGUUUAGAACCAAAAUUGGGAUUCCAAGUAAUGCAAGUUUAGUAUUUGGAGUAGUUGGAAGAUUAGUGAAGGAUAAAGGUCAUCCACUACUUCAUGAAGCAUUUUCAAGGCUUAUAACAAAACACACUAACGUGUAUUUGAUUGUAGCGGGUUCUGGACCAUGGGAGAAUAGGUACAAAGAUAUAGGGAACCAAGUUUUUACUCUUGGAUCUAUGAAUCCUUCUAUGCUAAGAGCAUUCUAUAAUGCUAUUGAUAUUUUUGUUAAUCCUACAUUAAGACCACAAGGACUUGAUCUUACACUGAUGGAGGCUAUGAUGAUUGGAAAGCCUCUUUUGGCAUCAAGGUUUCCAAGUAUCAAAGGUAGUAUUGUUGUUGAUGAUGAAUUCGGUUAUAUGUUUUCUCCAAAUGUGGACUCACUUUUGGAAGCACUCGAAGAAGUGGUAAAGGAUGGUAAAGAGAGGCUAGCGAGGAGAGGUAAUGCUUGCCGCGAAUAUGCAAAUUCUAUGUUUACAGCAAGAAAGAUGGCACUAGCAUAUGAGAGACUAUUCUUAUGCAUAAAGAGGGAUACAUUUUGUACCUAUCCUUGA